AUGAUGAAGCUCUCGAUUCUUCUAUUCAUUAUCACUAUUUCAUAUUGCUCAGCAAGUUUCUUAGGGGAUUUGAAAAAGAUAAUUAAGUAUCAUCAGUGUGACCCUCUCUGCACCUUCAACCACUCCUCAAUCUCUUCAAAAACCAUCCCAUUCUUCCCGAAAUGUGGAGAAGUGUGUGGACUACUCAUAUUCGAUGAGAACACGGAUGUAUCUGAAGCUCAGUUAAAAGAUGUAUUCAAAACUAUGUAUAAACUGAAUGGCGGUGUUCGAGUGGAGAAUUCCCACUUGACAAAUCUCUCGUUUUUUACAAUUGGUGUAGAGGAGAAGUAUUUCCAGUUUGAUUGUUUGACAUAUGGCCUAACCAUACAAAACAACUCAAAGCUAACCGAUGUUACUAUCCUAUGGAAAUUCCAGUAUUGGCUAGACCAUGACCAUCGGGAAUGUAAGAUGGAAAUUAAGGAUAACAUUAUGUUGGAUGCUGGGAAGCUAUGCUACUACGGUUAUUUUUAUAUUUCUAUUAAUAUGAAAGUCACAGGGAACCUUAAGGAUUGUGGAUGUCGUGGUGGUAACUUUACUACUGUAGCUGGCUGCGAUCUUAUCCUAUCUGGUCUAAAACUAAUCAAUAUCUCCGACACCUCGCCGCUAUCCAACAUCACCCAAAUCCGAGGAAACCUCCUAAUUCAACAUACCAAUUUCCAGAAUUUAUCGUUUUUCAAAAAUCUGGAAACGCUGAAAAUUAGCACACCGGGACUCCACGAGACUAUAGCCAUAGAUAUAAAAGAUAACCCACAAAUGACAAGAUUUGGAAUCCCGUUAUUGAAGGAGUUCCCAAACAUCUGGCAAGGCUAUCUAUUCAUGAAUCUGGAGAACUUACACCCGGAUUUCUGUCUAACAAUAGAAGAAAUGACACUGUUUCUAAAAUCUGAGGUGUUAUUUGUGAAUCUCCACGCUAAGUAUUGUGCCAACCCAGGAAAUAUUAACGGAGCCAAGUUAUGCAAGUUCUCUACUAUGAAAGCCCUAGAGAAGCACUGUAAUUAUAUUGUUGGUGACGUGAAAAUAGAAUCCGGUGAUGAGAAGCAUGUGGAGAAGCUGAGUGACGUCACAGUGAUAUUGGGGACGUUGGAGAUAACGAAUACGACUUUGAAGGAUUUGGAUUUUCUGGCAGGGUUGAGUUAUAUGGCAUCAAUGAGUGAAUCCGCACCUAUCAUACAACUAAUUUCCAAUAAGAACUUGAAGACUGCAUAUCUUCCGUCAAUGAAGAACAUCAUUACGAAGACGGAAAACUACGCGAUCAUCCACAACAACCACCCAUCUCUUAUUUACGAAGGCUUUGAGUUGUACCACUCAAUUUAUACCUCUUCUCCAGAAUAUUUUGGCGGGCGACUAGGUUGCCCGAGUGAUAAGAUAAGUUCUCUUGGCUGGAAGAUCUAUGAGACAUGUACCGUACUCAGUCGUGGGCUUAAUUUAGUUAAUGUCACGGUUCCCCCGGAGGACAUCAAUAGUUUGAACAAUAUUAAAACUAUAAUUGGACAAAUUGAAAUCGCUUAUACCGAUUUGGAAGACUUGUCAUUUUUGGAGAAUGUGAAGAAUAUUGAAGUUAUGGAUUAUCUAAAUUACGGGGAUAUUAUGAUCAAUAUUCAUCAUAACCCGAAUAUGAAGCGUCUUGGAUUGAGGUCUUUGAAAAAACUCUUCUCCAUCGUAACCUUCACCAUUAACCUCGAAAAGUUACACCCGGAUUUCUGCCUUACAAUUCAAGAGAUGAUAGUGUUCCUAGAUUUUCAAGUGGAUUUUUUGAAUAUUGACGCGAGAAUUUGUAAUAUGGAUUCCGAAACUAAAAACUCGAAAGCAGUGUGUCUAUUCAAGGAUAUGCUCAGUUUGGAGCCCAAAUGCAACUAUAUUAUUGGGGACUUGGUGAUAAGUCAAGGAGAUGAAGAUUAUACGGAACAAUUGAAAAGUGUCGCAAUUAUUUUCGGGUCUUUGGCUAUUCAAGAUACGGAUCUAGACAAUUUAGAGUUUCUAGAGAGGCUAAGGAAAAUUGCCAACUUUAAUGAGUCAAUUCCUAUUAUAAAAAUAGUCAAUAACAAAGAUCUGAAGAAUCUACAUCUUAAUUUUCCUAUUGUUCAAGGCACCAUCUCUAAAGGCUUCCCAAGAGCUAUAAUAGAAGGGGAUGAUACUUUUGAGACCACUAAAGACUGCAUGAUUUUUCAAUAUAAUACCAAGACUAAUGUGACGUAUAACGGAGGGAGUUGUAGUAAGAUUCAUGGUUUCAUUUUGCAUUCUGAAGUGCUGAAUUUUCAGGAGACAUCAAUGGAAUCUCCAAUGUUGAUCAUAGUCCCCUUGGUAAACUAA